AUGGCUGAACCUUCUCGAGGAAUCAUGUCGAGGUUUUCUUGGGAUAGAGAAGCUCGACCCAUGGAAGACCCAUCCUUUCAGCGGGCCCCAAGCUUUCCUGCGCCUCCUCGUGGCUGGGUCCAAGUGACCGUGUCAGCGUAUAAUCUGAAGUGGUCUCGGCUGCGUCAGUGGCUGAUCAACAACUUCAAAAAGGAAAAGGCACAAUUCAACGAGCGCCAGAACGAGCUGUCGGCCAUUGACGACUUGCGCGAAAUCAACAGAGCCGACCAGAGGAGCCAUUCUGCUCAUCGGGAUAGGACGCCUGACCCCCCUGCUUCUUCAACUGCACCCAGCAUUCCCUAUUGA